AAACAUCAGACAAACGGCUCAGCUCUUCAGUUGCUGGUCAAGAUGAGAGGUUUACUGUUCCUGCUUGGCGCUCUGUUGCUGCUGGAGUCAACAAAGGGAACAGAAUAUGAGAAGUUAGGCAAACAUGAAAGAACAAUUGUUGACAAGGCAAUAAAACAAGCCAAUAUGGAUCACGGAAAAGACAAACACCUUGACUUUCACUCUAUUGUCAAGAAACACAGCAAUCUGUUCAUUGUGAUACUGAAACCCACCUCAUGUAACAGCACAACACAGAGUGUCCAUCAGAAAGACUGUAAAACUGAAGAAAAGAGUGUGCCUCAGGUUUCCUGUAUUGAUUGUAAUGGAGAGAUGAAACCAUGUUUACUUCUCAGACGAAAGGCAGAGAUAAAAAAAAGAAUGGAGGAUUGUCCUAUUCAGCAUCAUGCUGGGGGAGCACACAUAAUGUUCCAAACAGGAGGAACUGAACAGCAUAAAACCGGAUGUCUUGGAUGCGUCUGAUAUGUAAAAACGAACAAGGACAUUUGCAAUUGGCCAUCUGAAAAAAAAAAAAAAAAAAAAAUAA